AUGUCGACCCUCGCCGCGCGACCGGGACAUCCUACACCCGCCUUCGGCAACAAUAUGGCUGGUAGCGGCUCUCAUUAUCGAGGUCCCGCCACCCUCGCCGUGAACGGCACAGGCGUGUUCACGAGUCCGACAGAAUCGGAGUUCUCAGAGUCCUAUCGGGAUGGAGGACGAGAGUUGGUGCAGGAAUGGGAUGAGGUGCGGGUGGGUGAGUGGUUGAGGAGUAUCAAUUGUGGGCAGUAUGCCGACCUCUUCAGGAGGAACAAUAUUAACGGCGAGAAUUUGAUGGAGAUGGAUAAGGAUAUGCUCAAGGAGAUGGGUGUGAAGAGGCUGGGUGAUCGAGUGAGGAUUAAUGAGAAGGCAAAGGCGUUCCGACAUGCUGUGUAUAAGAGGACGAGCAAGAGGGUGGUCAAUCGACACUCUCUUGCGACUCUGGACGGCAAUACGACGCUCACGCCACCGUCUUCGGGCUCGCCUCGGCCUCUGCACUCUGCGAGAACCAACACAUCACGUGCUGACAAGCGCAUGUCUCGACAAUUCGCUGGCUCGGACCUCCCAUACAGCACUGCACACCUCGGUACAAAGUCAUCAUCACGACCCAGCUCACCCCUGAUCGAUCAAGAGAACCGCUCGAACCGAGUGCCACGACCGAGUCCCAUGGACGGCGCUCGUAGGGAGCAGACUACCAAUUACUUCUCGCAGCCGACUAGCUCGCGGCAAGGUGGAAGUUCACGAGGCACGCCACUUGAGACGCCACAGACUGCUCGGUUUGCAGGACACCUCAAGUCGCCAUCCAUGGACAACCUCAAUUCGACUGUUGUCGGAGCUCUGCCAAGCGACAAGCCUCUGAUCAAGGUGAUAUACGAUAACGGCAGCUCUUCGAUCAUAAACAUCGACGGCUUCCGGACUGCGGAAGACAUUAUACGUGCCACUCUGCGCAAGAAGGGCUGGAAUGAGAACCAUUACCGGUCGUAUGCGUUUUACGUCCUCGACGGGAUAGAUCCCAAGCCCAUGUUUUGUCGAAAGCUUGGCGAGGCAGAGCUCGUGAAGCUGUGUAACGACAGGGUAAGGAGUGAGCGAGGUCGUCUGAUCUUACGGAAGAUCCACAUGGGCGAGCCGGAAGGAGAACAACUCAGGACUGCUGCACGCAUAGCUGCACAGCAUCCACCCGAGCCGCCUGCGAUCGAGGUCCAUCCAACAACACAGAAAUUACGCAAUUUGUCGAAAACCGAGCAGCUUACGGGUGAGCCGUUGGCGGCUGUCAGCUAUCCCAUGUCACCAGCUAGCCAGGCGGAGAGGAGGGACUACUUCGAUGAAAGCAUAUCGUCACUAUCACGCAACAUCAGCCAAGCAUCUACGGCCUCCGCUCGGGCACGGAAGCUCAAGGACUUUUAUGGUGCUCGUCCGCCGACUGAGCUCAUCACGCAGGAUCUGCAGUCGUACUUCCCUGACGUGGCGAAGGACGAUAUGGAUCGCACAGUGCGCAUGUCGAUGCGAAGAAGUCAGAGGCUCAGUCGAGCGGUGAGCAGACUUAGCACUGUGAGCAAUUUCAGUGUGGCGAGUAGUCUGAAAGAUGCGCCACCACUGCCUAGCAUUGCGGACCACUGGGCAAAGGAAGCGGGUGCGAAACGUCCUCCUGGUCUACGACCCUUCAGCGUUGUACAUCUUGGCCGCAAUGAUAGGCCAGACUCAUACCGCGAGUCGAUCAUCGGCACAGUCGAGGAGGAAGAAGAGUCACCUAACGAACCAAACAGGAAGAGCUAUGUCUCCUUCAGUGGAGCAGAUAGCGGCUCCGACACAAACACCAGCAACCUCGCCAUCACCGACCCCGAAGGCAACACGGUCAUGCAGUCAUACUUCGACGACACGCACAGUAGUCCCGGCAAUACCGUCGGCGUCUCAGAAACCGGCAGCGGCAGCCUCAACUCCCGCCUCUCUCAAUUCAUCGCGGAAGAUGGCGAAGAACCCGACGAAGAACUAAUGGAGCACCUACAAAAAGACAGCUGGGACGACCUGAAAUACAUGAAAGGUGAAAUGAUCGGCCAAGGCUCCUUCGGCACUGUCUUCCUGGCUCUGCACGCCGUGACCGCCGAACUCAUGGCCGUCAAGCAAGUCGAGCUCCCAUCGGCAAGUGGCGCCCACGCAAUGGACGCCAAACGCAACCAAAUGAUCGACGCCCUCAAGCACGAAAUCAGUCUUUUGCGUGAGAUGCGCCACGAGAAUAUCGUGCAAUACCUCGGCUCCAACAGCGACGACGAGCACCUGAACAUUUUCCUCGAAUAUGUCGCCGGUGGGUCCGUGGCCUCGAUGUUAGUGAACUACGGUUCCCUCCCCGAAGGCCUGAUAUCGAAUUUCGUCCGCCAGAUUCUGAACGGAUUGAGUUAUCUCCAUGCAAGCGAUAUCAUCCACCGGGACAUCAAGGGCGCGAACAUCCUAGUCGACAACAAAGGCACCGUGAAGAUCUCUGAUUUCGGGAUUUCCAAGCGGGUGGAGGCUAGUACGCUCCUCAACCCCACCGCCCCGUUAUCCUCCCGCCGCGCAGGGCCUCGAGUCAGCCUCCAAGGCUCCGUCUUCUGGAUGGCCCCCGAAGUCGUGCAACAAACGGCCUACACCAAAAAAGCCGACAUCUGGUCCCUGGGCUGCCUGAUCGUGGAAAUGUUCACGGGCUCCCAUCCCCAUCCGAAUUGCACGCAGAUGCAAGCUAUUUUUAAGAUUGGGGGAAAGGGAAACCCGGAGAAUGCGCGGCCGGAGUUACCGGCGCAUGCGUCGGAGGACGCCAAGGUUUUUUUGAGGAGCACGUUUGAGAUUGAUCAUGAGAGGAGGCCGACGGCGGAGGAGUUGAGGGGGGAGUAUCGAUUUGUUGCUGUUAAGGGGUAG